CCCACGUAUCCUCAUGCAAACGCUCGUAACCAAACAGGCCCCUCUGCUCAAACAAUCCCGCGCUUAUUCGAAGAAAGAAACGGAACCCAGUACUACCACUGCCUCGCUCUCCUCGAUUUGCUUCCCUAUAGUUCCUCCCAAAAUGUUCCGGCCAAUCCUUCUCUCCGACGACGACGACGAAGAAGAUUUAGACGACCAAAAUGCGCUCUCAACCCCAGUGCAUUUCCCCUCCAAGAAACAACGCCGAACAGAAUCUGAGCCUAAUCUAAACCCUCCGGCUCUGGUACUUCUCGACGAUCCAACCCCGCAGAAGCCGGGUCCCAAAUCCACCCCCUCCUUCGUCCCCGAUACCCCUAUGUCCGCCCCAAAUUCCGAUGUAGUGAUCGUCAAAUGCACAACUGGCUCAUCGGGUUCCCAGAUUAGGGUUUCAGAUUCUGAGAAGAAGUUCUCAGGAAUCUGUGGGUUGAUAUGCUUGGAGUCCGACAAUGAGUCUGAACAUGGUUCUGGAAGGGAAAAGUGCAAGGACACCGAAACAACGGUCAGCGAUUUUGACCUGGCGAUGGACUUGGAUUGGAGUUCUAGGUCUUUUGAAUCAACGAGUUCUCUAGGGAUUGAUAAUUCAAAGCAAAUGACUAGGGAAGGUUCUUUGCAUUUGACUGCUCUGCGAGAUGAUGCUAAUCAGCAGGUACUCGAUUCUUUCAACAAAGAAACUGUUAACAUGGAGCAGAUGAAUGAGAUUAUAAGUCAGAAAGGAACUGAAAUUGAUGCUGGGAAGAAAAAGGCUAUGGACAGAGCUGCUGGAAGGAAGAAGAUGGCGAAGGAGGAAAGAGCUCGCUUAAUGGAAGAGAAGAAACAGAAGAAGGAACAAGAGAAGUUGCAAAAAGCAGCACAGAAGGCUGAGGCUGCAGAGUUGAAAAAAAUGCAGAAAGAAAAGAAAAAGUGGGAAAAAGGGAAGCUUGCAUCAAAAUCCAUUGUAGCUGAAAUUGAUGCGAAAGUUGUAGAACUGGGGUCAGUUGGAGGGCAUCUGCUUACGAGGUUUGCUGAAAAAGGGCUUACCUACCGUAUAACUUCCAACCCAAUUGAAAGAUCGAUUGUGUGGACAAUGACUGUUCCAGAACAUUUAUCACAGCUUUCUUCUAAUGGUAUAGAGAUUCCAUACGUAUUGCUAGUACAUGAGGCAGAUGAAUUCUGUAAUCUUGUUAUCAAUGAAGCUCUUCAUGACCAUGUUUCCCGUGUCCGAAGUCAUUACCCAUCUUACACAAUUUGCUACGUCGCCAAUAGAUUAAUGGCAUAUAUUAAUAAAAGGGAACAGGAACAGUAUAAGAACCCGUCGAAUAAUAAUGGCUGGAGACGUCCACCAGUUGAAGAGGUGCUGGCAAAAUUAACCACUCAUUUCAUUAAAGUACAUUCCAGGCAAUGUGUGGAUGAAGCUGAACUAGCAGAACAUGUUGUUGGUUUGACCUCCAGCCUGGCAUCCUGCCAAUUCAGAAAGAAGUUGACGCGCCUAUCUGUUAAUGCCAAUGGGUCCCUGAUUCCCAAGGAUGCCGUUGAUAAGAAUCUAAUCAAAAAGAGCUUAUGGUUGAAAGCAUUGAUAUCAAUUCCAAAGGUACAACCACGAUUUGCUCUUUCUAUUUCGAAGAAGUACCCCACCAUGAAAUCCCUGUUAAGUGUCUACAUGGACCCAAGUAAAUCGGUGCAUGAAAAGGAAUUUCUUCUCAAGGACUUGACAACAGAAGGGCUGCUUGGUGAGGACAGAAGACUAGGCGAGGUUUGUUCGAAGAGAGUGUACAGAAUACUUAUGGCACAAAGCGGAAGCAUCAGAACUGAUGAUGUUGAGCACGGUGCUGAUUUCUUCAGAUGUCAAUCAUCUUAAAUUCUCUGCAUUGUAUUCUUCGCCAGUCCUCUACAUAUAAAUAUAUAUAUAUAUAUAUAUAAGCAGAGGUUUGUACAUCCCUCUUCUUUUCUAUCAUCUGCAAUUUCUCUGCCAUGAAUCUUUCUUGUUAGCAACUUUGAUAAAUUCCUAGAAUUCUAAAGACAGGUGACCCUUUUGAUGUUGCAGCUGGAAGGCGUAGCCCUCAGCCUUAUUAGAUAGGCCUGAUGACAAGCUGAUGUAAAUCAAACUUAUUACUAGUAUAUAUGAAAAUUGUACUUUUACAUGGCAA